CUCUCUUUCUUUCUUUCUUUCUUUCUUUCUUUCUUUCUUUCUUUCUUUCUUUCUUUCUUUCUUUCCUAUCUCUCUCUUUCUUUCUCUCUCUUUCCCUCUCUCCCUCUCUCUCUUUCUCCCCCCGGUUUCGUUCUUCCCACUUCCUGCCAAUUGGCAACUUCGCCUCCGCCUCCGAACAUCCUCCUUCCCCCGCAAGCCUUUUCUCCCUUCAACCAUCUAUCGCGCCAUUCCUUGAACACCAUUUAGGUAGCAGACAGCCAGGGGCACUCGACCAUCAGAUAGACCAUGGGCAGUAACCAUGAACCAGAGCGCGGCUCCCCUCCACAGAUCAGCCCUACGCGCCUAGACCGCCGCCAUGAUCCAGAUCCACGUGAGAGCCCUCCUACCCGAUCAACGCGCUCACAACGCCCUCCACACCACACCAAGGCACCCAUCCACCAUCCCAGACCCACAAAAGAGCCUCCUCGCCACCAUAACCCCAACCCAAAACCAAAACCAAAACCAUCGCACAGACCAAAGCCGAAGCCUUCAAAGUCUAGGCAGCCCCAUCGUCCCCAACCAACAAAGCGGCCUCCACGUUCUCCGCGUCCACCGCACCUAACUCAAUCUCCACAUCCAACCCGAUCGCUUCGUCCAGCGCCCAUAGCUCCACCGCCAUCAAAGACUUCCUCCUCCCUUCCUACGGCGGCGAAUCCGACAAAAUCGUCUAGCUUGACCCACACCUCAGGUCGUCCUCAACCCACAAUGACCUUUCCCCUAAUUCCUCGCCCUGUUGUUCCUCCGUCUACAACGUUAUCACCUGAUCCCACAGGUUCUUCUCCAUCAUCACCCUCAUUAUCAUCAUCAUCUACGAUUGCCCCGAUCCCUUCGCGUUCCUCCAGCAUAUCCCUCACGCAAUCGUCUGUCACCGAGUCUGCUACAACGACGAUCACAGCAACAGUAUCGCCAACGGACGCAACGCCGGUCGUCUCCUCCACUUCUUCACUGCUCAUGCCCUCUCCUCCCCCCUCUUCUCCUUCCGGUGUCGCCGCACAACCACCCCCCAUCGCAGAUCCCAACAUCGGCGGCAAGAUGUCCGGAUCCUCGUCCUCGUCCCUCGGCGCGAUCCUCGGAGGCGUGAUCGGCGCUCUUGCCUUGGUCUUUCUCAUCGCCCUCUGCGCUUUCCGCUACCACCAAAAACGUCGCGCUCGCCAAGAAUACAUAGGCGCCGGGGUGAACGGCCGAUCCAAUGACAAUCUGCAUAACUUCCCGGAGAUGAGUGAGGUUCUUCCUGAGGGUCAUACGUCCGAGGCCGCGUUUAGGCACGAGAACUUUAUGGCGCUCGUCAAGGAUGCGGCCAAGGGUUUCUAUGCUCCGACGAACGUGGAACCCGCCGCGGGAACUGGAUCUGGCUCUGGCUCUGGAUCUGGAUCUGGCCCUGCAGUCGGCAGGGCAGCUGCAAUUGCUGGAGGCAUCCGCCCGAGGCAAUCGGCUCGUACAUCGCACAGCAGUGAGCAGAGUCUACAGUAUCUGGAGACUGGAUCUGGACCACCAUCCUCACCACGUCAAGUCCAUCUCCAUCCUGGCUACAGCCGGGACAGUAUUUAGUAGCGCACAUAUACUUUGCCAUCCCCAUAUGCAUUUGUGAUCGCAUGGACAUGUACUGUAAUUCAUUCAUUGCAGAUAGAUUCGGGCCGCACAGUCCAACAAUCCUAAUAAAAUCAAAUGCAAUAGAUGAAUGUUUCGU